AUGAUCCCCGCGUCGCUGCAGUCGCAGUACACGCCGCUCGCACGGCCUCCCAGUGCAGCGCGCCCUGCCCAUGUGCUGCUGGCGUGCACAGGAAGUGUAGCGAGUAUCAAAGUGCCACUAAUGGUGCAAGCCUUGUUGAAAUACGCUCAUGUGCACGUCCAUGUCGUCGCGACCAAGGCUUCACUCCAUUUCUUCGAUAAGGACUCGCUGUCACCUGCACCCUAUACGACCUCUGACUUAGCAGCACUCAAUCGGGCGGCUGGUACGCCCGAGGAAGCGGCGUUGCAUGCACAGGUGCCUCGCGUGUGCGUAUGGACUGACGAGGAGGAAUGGUCCUCAUGGACCCAAGUGGGAGAUCCUGUCUUGCAUAUUGAGCUACGACGAUGGGCUGAUCUUGUGCUUAUUGCACCAUGCAGUGCCGAUACUCUUGCUAAGAUCUGCCAUGGUUUGUGCGACAAUGUGCUGACAUCGUUUUUGCGUGCUCUCUCGCCGAGUACGCCGACAUGGCUUUUUCCUGCGAUGAAUACCCUCAUGUACUUGCAUCCAUUCACUGCACCGCAGCUAGAGCAAGUGCAAACACAGCUGGGGUACCAAGUGUAUGGCCCCAUCAGCAAACGCUUAGCCUGUGGCGAUCUUGUAGGAACAGGCGCAAUGUGCGAGUGGAAGGACAUUGUGGCAAUGGUGGUCGACCAUUUCGGCUUGCAACUAUAG